CUGGUGGUGUUUACAUAUUUUUUCAUUAUAGUUUACAAUUCCAAAAAAUGUGACUCAAAACUAUAGGAUAACAAAGCGAAAUGCUUGUUUAUUUAAUUACAAAUUAAACUAUAAAACAUUGUAUUCAAAAUGAAAACAAGAAGUGCACCAGCGGAUUUAAACGAGGAAUUUAAGUCGGAGUGCUGCAGGAUUUGCUUGACACCAAACAUCAACAUGAAUAACAUAUUUACUAUUAAGUUGAUAGAAAAUAUCAAAUACUGUACUGGAAUAACGAUAAAAAAAGACAGUAGACUACCCAACAAAAUAUGUAAAAGUUGCAGAAGCAGUUUAGCAGUGGCGCACAAGUUCAAAACAUUGUGCCUUCUCACAGAAAAGAUAUGUAAGAACCUACCACAGGAUGAAAUAAAAGGUGAACCGCCCGAUGACAUUAACAUGCCCAUGGUUGUUAAGGAUGAUGGUGAUAACCACUUAAAUGCGGACAGUGUUGGGCAUCACAGAUUUAACGAAGGCCAUGAAUCGAGGGAUAAAUGUAACGAAAAUCAAGACAAAAUAGAUCAUUCAGCAGAUAAUAUGACAUCUAUGGACCAUUUUAAUGAAAAUCAUAAUAUAAAAGAAGACUGUUUAUUGGAAGAUGAUUUGAUUGAGGAUGAUAUAGAAGAAAAUAACUUUGGUGAUUAUGAUGAUGUAACAAAUGAUAUUAUUACUCGGGACAAUGAUUUAACCAUUAUUAAAAAGGAAGAGGUCACAUGUGAUUAUGAAAUUAGCACCGAGGAUGUACCUAGUGAAUUAUUCAAUAGUUUAGAAAUGAAAAGUAAAAUAGUAAAACCAACAAGACAGUGUGAACGAAGAAAGUCCGCGGAGAACUGCACAGAAAACAAGACGGUGAAGACGAAGAAGCGUGGAACUUACAGAAAGAGGGGCUCAUUACCAGCGCGCAUGAAAAAGUUCAAAUUCGUCAAGUUGUUCUGCGAGACGUGUCAGAUCAAGUUCACAAGCAAGAUCGAGUCGGACAAGCACAGAGAGACAGUUCAUAAAGAACCUUGGUCCUUUAUGUGUGAGGUGUGCGGAAAGAUGUUCGUCCACCGCGGAUCGCACUACGCGCACCUCAGGGGCCACUUGCCGCCUACGCAUGCGUGCGGCGACUGCGACUACCGAACCCCCAACAAGUAUGACCUGGCCAAGCACCUACUAAUACACGCCGGCAUAAAGAAAUGGCAAUGCUCAAGGUGCCCCAACAACUACCACACGGUGUCGAACCUGCGCGAACACGAGCGUAUGGUACACGAGCGGCUAAAACGCUACGCGUGUAACAUCUGCGAGAAGAUGUUCUACGACCGGACGCACCUCCAGCGGCACGUCGACUCGCACAACGAUAUCAAACGACACGAAUGCGACGUCUGCCACGCUGCCUUCAGCCGCCGAUGCCACUGGAAGAAGCACCUUCUGAAACAGCACAGCAUCGUGAUACCAGCACAGCGUCCAGGUCGAAAGACCAACUUACUGUUAGGAGACACGUCUGUUUCCUUGAAUGGACCGUUAGGUAAAGUUAAACCUGGUUGAUGUGGGUUGCAACGCUGUUAAAAGCCACGUCACUCCACUAAAAGCCACGCCACGCAACUAAAACCCACGCCACGCCACUAAAAGCCACGCCACGUCAAACCAAUGAAAGCCACGCCACGCCACUAAUGACCACGCUACUAAGCCAUGCCUCAAAACAGUCAAAUGCCACGCUUACGCACUACCUAUGUCGUCUGUGAAGCCAAUUAUUUAACACCGUGUUCGACCGUCGAUGCCACUGGAAGAAGCACCUUCUAAAACAGCACUGCAUCAUCAUACCGGCGCAGCGUCCACAACAGCCACGUCACGCUACUAAAAGACACGUCACGCCACUAAAAGCCACACCACGCCGAUAAAAGCCACGCCACGCCACUAAAAGCCACGCAACGCCUCUAUAAGCCACGCCACUCUAUUUGAUCCGUGCCACGCCACGCUGCUGAUGACCACGCUACUAAGCCAUGUCACAAAAAAGCCAAACGCAACGCCUAUACUCAUGUCGUCUGAAGUAUUUAACAUCAUAUUUGACCGUCGAUGCCGCAGAGAGAAGCACCUAACAGCACAGCAUCGUCAUAUUAGCAUAGCGUCCGGGCCAUACCAAUUUGUUGUAAGGAGAUACGUCAGUUCUCUUCAAUGAACGUAUAAGCAAUGUUAAACCUGGUUAACAUGGGUUUCCGAACGUAGCUACAAUUGUAAAGGGCUACGCCAAGCCACAUUUUGCCAAGCCACGCUUUGCCAAGUCAAGCCAUUAUCAAUGCUACUACUUAAGGCCACUCGUCUAUUAAAAGCAGCGCCACUACUAGAAGGCCAUGCCACUAUUAAAGAUCUCGCCACUAAAAGCAUGCCAUGCCACUUGACACACACACACACACUUGACGCUACGCCACCGAGCCAUGCCACACAGCGACGAUACGCCAGGUUUUAUACGGCCAUGCCCCUGUGAAGCGAUUACAUAACAAAGUAGGCGACGCCGCGAUGCCACUAGAAGAAGACAUUCUGAAACAGCCCCGCUUCGUCAUACCAGGUCAGCGUCCAAAGACCAAAUUGUGAGCCAACAUGUCUGUUUUCUUAAAUGUACAGAUAGACAAAAUUACACCUCGAUAAUAUGUGCGUCAUAAGUAACCAUCACAAACCACGCCAUGCCAUGCCACUACGAGUCACGCCACGCCAUUCCGAGCCAUACCACUUCAACCCAACACAUACCAAGAACAACGAUUUUUUUAACUAGUUCGCUCCGAUGUCGCUUUACCUCUAAGGCGUUUCUGUGACAUUUACAAAAUGUAUACAGUCCUUGACAUUGACCUAGGAUGUGUAAAUAUU